CACACACACACGCCUGGGUGCACCUGUUGAGUGUACACCGUUUGCUGUAUCUAUCUAUUACCUGACGCUGUGAAUAGAAGCAGAGCAGACCGACUGCAGCGUUAUCCGGACGAGAUCAGCUCGGAUUGAGUAUGGCCUCCACAAUCAGCCUCCUCUCAGAGAAGCACUUCUUGUGCUCUCUGUGCAGACACAUCUUCACCAGCCCAGUGACCAUACCGUGUGGACACAGCUUCUGCUUGUCCUGUCUCUGCCGCUACUGGACACGACACCAGUCCAAAUACUGCCCCCACUGUAAGAGAGUGUUUACUGACAGGCCCGACCUCAGUGUCAACCGCAUUCUGGCAGACGUCUCAGACAACUACAGGACGAAUCGACCAAAGAAACCACCUGAUGAAGAGAUGGUUAUAGAUGUUGAACAUAUGAUUCAGGAAAGGCUGCAGAAGAUAGAGAGGUUGAAGUAUUCUCUUGAGCUCCAAAAGAACUCCUACCUCAAGGAAGCGCGAGAGAGCCAGAAGGUUUUCUCCGCCCUCGUGAACGCCAUGGAGAAGAGCCACAAAGCGGUCGUGGCAGCAAUUGAGGAGAGACAGAGGGAGGAGGAGAGGAGAGUAGAAACGCUGGUGGAAGAGCUCAAACAGGAGAUCCAGGAGCUGAGGAAGGAGACAACUGAACCUGAUCCUCAGAUUCCUGUAAACAGUGAUCAAAGUGAUGACGCCAAGCAAGUUACUGUGAACAUCGUUUCCACAAUGUGCCCGUCCGAGAUGAAGGACUGGUCCAAGGUUACCAUAGAAACCGACCCUUGUGUUGGGGUCACCAGGCGAGCACUGUCAGACAUGAUGGAAAAGAUAAAGGUAGAAGUCAACAGGCUCUCCAAAUCUGAACUGAAGAGAAUAGAGAAAUACACAGUGGAUGUCAAUCUGAGUGCUAAGACCGCCCACCCCUUCCUCUCCGUCUCUGACGACAGGAAACAGCUGAGACACACGGACAAGCUCCAGGAGGUACCGGAUCACCCCAAGCGGUUCGAUCGUGUGGCAAACGCGCUGGCCAAAGAAAGCUUCAGCAGUGGGAGGUGCUACUGGGAGGUGGAGGUCGGGGAGAAGAUCGAGUGGAACCUGGGUGUCGUCAGACAGUCCGUAAACAGGAAGGGCAAGUUCACUGUCUGCCCUGCAAAUGGUUUCUGGACUUUAAGCCUGAAGGCUGGAGGCCAGUACAUUGCCAACACCUCUCCUGUCACCCCGUUGGCUCUGGAGCAGAGACCCAGGAAGGUGGGCAUGUUUCUGGACUACACAGAGGGCCGUGUGACCUUCUACUGCGCCGAGACUGGAGUCCACAUUCACACCUUCACAGAUACAUUUACUGACAGGCUGAAUCCAUUCUUCAGUCCCGGUCGCCUGCACGGCGGCAAAAACGCUGCUCCCUUGAUCAUCUGUUCUAGUUUCUGCAGCAUCUAAACAUCAAAUUUGUGACAAGAUUUAUAAAUCUCCAUAAUCAAUACAGUUAUCAGCAUCAAUCAAAAACACUUUUCAGUAUUAAUCCAGUGUGUUAAACAUAUUUAUCUAAUUACAAAUCCAUUAUGAAAAACUACAAUGAACCACAUUUUUCCUGUCAGAACAGGGCACAAGAGGUUGCAUAAGGACUGACUCCCUACACUCGAACAACUUCAAUGAAACCCAUAAACAGAUUGAAAAGGAAAGAGGAGAGUCGAAGAAAGAGAAGGCUCUCAUAAAUGAACAAGUGAGUCAAAGUUGGGGGGGGGGGAAAUAGGUUGCUGAGUUGGUUGGAUGGAUGCGAGGAGCUGCGGGGUUUGGACAGAGGUUGACAAGGAGCGGGGAGGGAGGGCACAGCCAAACAGCGGGGCAUUGUGCUAGUACACCAGGCACUGGGAGACACACUCAAACACAUUCACUCAUUCACACACCGACACGGCCGCGCACACAAGCGCAUGCUUCUGCCCACUGCCACACAGACUUGCGCUGGCAUCUCGGAGGGCAGCCCCAUCUCCAGUCCAGUCCCCGGGUGUCGAAGCUGGUCGACUCCUCUCCACUUCAGUUCACCUGACCUCUGAGAAUAGAGCCUCCCCCUGCUCUGCAGCCAUUCCUGAGGACCAGACCGAAUUCUCAGGGCCCCUGUUCAUAGCUGCAGGCAUCCCAGGUGACCUCCACAAGCAGAGGAGCAGUGACACUGACCUGAGGACUGAGGGGAGCUGUCAGAGCACUUCAUUUGAGGGUCACCUGUCCUCGUCAAACCCAAACUGAUCCGAACGACAUCAUCGCCCGAAGACUGAAGAUCCAGUAGAGUGGAGCACCGUAUUCCCAGUACUGUAGACUGCCACAUUGCUUUGUGGGACUAUAAGUGGGCCCUCUGAAACAAACAGAGACCGAAGUAAAACCAAGACGAAUCCAUCUGAUUCAAACAACACCUGUCACCAUG